CCUUGCAUUGUUUGGUUUCGUCUCGCGCGCACGGCGCCGCACGCGGCGUGGCCGCUGAUAAAAAGGCCAGCCGGGAGGCGGCGCGGUGCUCUGCCCGUUCCACGCCCGUCUUGAGCUAGCUAGCGAGCAACAGAGAGGCGGGACACCAUCAUGCUGGGGCCGCAAGUCGUGGCGGCGCGGCUGGCCGGCGUGCUCCUGCUGGCCGCCGCCGCCGCGGGGCACGGCGGCGUGCAGCCGCUGUCGCGCAUCGCCAUCCACCGCGCGCGCGUGGCGCUGGACGCGUCCGCCGCGGUGCGGGCCUCGCCGGCGCUGCUCGGCACCAAGGGUGAAGAUACUGCUUGGGUGUCAGUAGAUUUUGUUGCUCCCCAUCCUAGUGGUGAUGAUUGGAUCGGCAUAUUCUCCCCUUCAAACUUUAACUCAUCCACAUGCCCUGGUUCUCAUGGAUCAGGCCCAGGUCCUGUCAUAUGCUCAGCACCAAUAAAGUAUCAGUUUGCCAAUUACUCAUCAGAUUAUGGCAAGUCUGGGAAAGGAACCCUGAAGUUUCAGCUGAUAAACCAGCGGCAGGACUUUUCAUUUGCAUUGUUCACUGGUGGACUUUCAAAUCCAAAACUUAUCGCCGUAUCAAAUGCCAUCACUUUUGUGAACCCAAAAGCUCCGGUUUAUCCACGCCUAGCGCAGGGAAAAUCCUGGAAUGAGAUGACCGUCACAUGGACAAGUGGUUACGACAUCACUGAGGCAUAUCCCUUUGUUGAGUGGGGCAUGAAAUGGAGACCUGCUGUACGCACUGCAGCUGGCACAGUCACCUUUGAUCGUGAAAGCAUCUGCGGAGAACCCGCUCGCUCAGUUGGUUGGAGAGAUCCUGGUUUCAUUCACACAGCAUUCCUGACGGACUUGUGGCCAAAUAAAGAGUACUACUACAAAAUUGGGCAUAUGCUGCCUGAUGGAAAUGUUACAUGGGGCAAGGUUUCUUCCUUCAGAGCACCUCCUUAUCCUGGUCAAAAGUCACUGCAGCGUGUUGUUAUAUUUGGAGAUAUGGGAAAGGCUGAGAGGGAUGGUAGCAACGAGUACAGCAACUACCAGCCUGGAUCACUUAACACUACCGAUACACUGAUCAAGGACCUUGACAACAUAGACAUAGUGUUUCACAUUGGUGAUAUUACCUACGCCAAUGGCUACAUUUCACAGUGGGAUCAGUUCACACAACAAGUCGAGGGGAUUACUUCACGGGUCCCUUACAUGAUAGCAAGUGGGAAUCAUGAACGAGAUUGGCCCAACAGUGGGUCAUUCUUCAAUGGAACAGACUCUGGAGGGGAAUGUGGGGUAUUAGCCGAGACCAUGUACUAUACACCAACAGAAAACAGAGCAAACUACUGGUAUUCAGCAGAUUAUGGCAUGUUCCGGUUCUGCGUUGUGGACAGCGAGCAUGACUGGCGGGAAGGAACGGAGCAGUACAAGUUCAUCGAGAACUGCCUCGCCACGGUCGACCGGAAGAAGCAGCCAUGGCUGAUAUUCAUCGCUCAUCGCGUCCUUGGGUACUCUUCCGGUUUCUUCUACGGCAUAGACGGGGCAUUCGCCGAGCCAACUUCCCGGCAAAGCCUCCAGAAGCUCUGGCAGAAGUACAGGGUGGACAUGGCGUUCUACGGCCAUGUCCACAACUACGAGAGGACAUGCCCGGUCUAUGAGGAAAAAUGCACGAGCUCGGAGAAGUCCCACUACUCGGGCACCAUGACCGGCACCAUCCACGUCGUGGUCGGGGGCGGUGGCAGCCACCUGAGCAACUUCACCACCGAGGUUCCUGCUUGGAGCAUCUACAGGGAGAUGGACUACGGCUUCGUAAAGCUCACAGCGUUCAACUACUCGUCCCUUCUCUUCGAGUACAAGAGGUCCAGCGAUGGCAAGGUGUACGAUAGCUUCACUGUGAACAGGGAGUACAGGGACGUGCUGGCGUGCGUCAAGGACAGCUGCCCUCCGACGAUCCCGGCGACAUGAUGAUAUGGAGAGGGGUGGGUCUCUUGUCAGUGUUGGGUUCUGCUGCAUGUAACAUACCGUGACCAACUAUUCUUUGGGGGAGCUGGAGGAAGGGACGCAACAUCCGGCCACAAACACAGCAUCCAUCUUAUUACUAUAUGUUUAUUGGCGCUUCAUUUUAGAUCUUA